GGGAUUGAAAUGUUACCAGGAGGGGGAGGAAGAAGUUUCGCUGUUCGAAUGAUCCCUUUUUAAACUUGUAAAUUUGAGCUAUUAGCAUGAAAUGAAUUGUUGCAAAGCGAACCUCUCUGACUCGACCUGCAAAUCAAAAUGCAUGAAAGAAUAAUGAGCCAUCCAUUCAACUGCUGUAGUGCGAGACAACUGUAAGGUUCUUUGGAAAAUGUGCCUCGUUUGACAUCACGUCCCCAUUGGCACACACAUGGCAUUCACUACACAUUGCAAGACACCUUUGCCAGAAGGACAUCAGCAGCUGGCAGCCUACGUGUCCUGGGUGAACGCUCAGCUGAGGAAGAAGCCCGGGGUUCAGCCGGUGAAGGACCUGCGGCAGGACCUGCGGGACGGCGUGGUGCUCGCGCACCUCAUCGAGAUCGUGGCUGGAGAGCUCUUGGAGGGUAUUCAUUAUGAACCACGCGAUGUUCAGGAGAGCAGGGAGAACGUGGAGAAGGUUCUGCAGUUUGUGUCCUCCAAACGCAUCCGCAUGCCCCAGACAUCGGCCCGCGACAUCGUGGAGGGGAACCUGAAGUCCGGAAUGAGACUGAUCCUGGCCCUGGCUGCCCACUUCAAACCCUCAGCCUCAGCCAAUCACAGAGCAGCGGCCGGCGCGGCAGGGCGGAGCCAGCCGGGGUCCUCCUCGGCCAGCCACCGGCCUCACUCCACCAUGGCCAUGGCACAGAGCGCCGUGGCAACCCUGACAGCCGCCCGGCAGGACGCCUGCCGGUCCGGGCGUGGCAUCUUCCACCUGAGGCAGGAGUGGCACAGUCACAGCGCCAGCAGUGCCAGUCUGGACGAGGACACGGAGAGCCCCUGCUGGAGCGUGCGGGCGCUGGUGCAGCAGUACGAGUGCCAGCGGGACGGGAGGGAAGACCCCGCGGACGCGCCGCCCUCAGAUCUCAGCUCCCCCAGUCCCACGCACACGCCCAAAGCAGAGCCCAUCUGCAGCCAAUCGGAGAGCAAAGGGGAGCUUGUGGAUGGCCAGUCGGAUGAGUCACCCAGCAAAUCAGAUGACGUGGCAAAGUCCCCUCCAUGUGGUCCAGGGCCUGCUGCAGUGCAUUCUGGGCCGGUGCGGUGCUGCUCCUGGGAGGACCAGCUAUGCGAACAGCAGGAGCAGCUGGAGAGAGAGAUGCAGGAUGCUCGGAGGAUGGUGUCCAGCCUGCAGGCUUUGUUGCUGCACGGCUCCCUACCUGAAGACGAACAGGAGGUCUCUCUCAACCUGGGAGAGAGUGCGGAAAACACAGAACAGCAGCUGGUGGUAAUACGCAGUCGACUAGACCUGAGCAUGGAGGAAUCCCAGAACCUGAAGAAGGAGCUUCUGAGGUACAAGCAGGAGUCCCGGAACCUGCAGGGAGUUAAGGAUGCUCUGCAGCAGCGGCUGGCGGUGCAGGAGGCCUCCGUGCUGCAGCUCAAACAGGAGCUGCUGCGCUCCAGCAUGGCCCGGGAGGAGCUGACUGGCCAGAACGUGGAGCUGCAGAGGAAGUUGGAGGACAGGAGCAGACAGAUGAGUGACUAUAAGAAGGAUCUGGGGCAGAAGGAGAGAGCCCUGCAGCAGCAGCAGCUAAAGCUGGAUGAGGCCAUGCGCAAACUGGCAGAGAGCAGCCAUCACAAGGCUGGCCUGCAGAGGGAGCUAGAACACAAAGAAGGCCUACUUCAGGAGCUGAUGAACCAUGAGCUGGAUGAGGUAUCAGGGCCUCAGAAUAACGGAUAUUCUCACCUGCCCGGUCCCGCGCCCCCGCACAAAGGGGCGGAGGAGCUGCAGCUGGUGCGGGAUGCCCUGCGCAGUCUGAGGAACAGUUUCAGCGGUCACGACCCGCAGCACCACACGCUGGACACGCUGGAGCAGGGCGUGGCCAGUCUCAUGGACCGCCUCCACGCCAUGGACACACGACGCCGACGGGGUCGGGGGAAAUCGCCAGGACGCAAAGCCACACACACAGACCGCGACUCGUGGCCCCCCAGCACCAAAAUGGCUCAUUCCCAGAGCAGCCCACUGCUGAAUGCCUCAGCCUGCACCAAAGUGCUCUACUUCACGGACCGCUCACUCACACCCUUUAUGGUCAACAUCCCCAAGAGGCUGGGUGAGGUGACGCUGAGAGACUUCAAGGCAGCGGUGGACAGAGAGGGCAGCUUCAGGUAUCACUUCAAAGCCCUGGACCCGGAGUUCGGCACAGUGAAGGAGGAGGUGUUCCAGGAUGAUGCGGUAGUUCCAGGCUGGGAGGGAAAGAUUGUUGCCUGGGUGGAGGAGGACAAUGGGGAUGGCAGACCCUAGGCCCAGGCUUUGGAAGGGCCCUUCUCCAGUCAGAUGAGAGAGGAGAGGAGCAGAGGCUGUGGACAGGGUAGACAGCGUUGUUGGUCUACCCGCUUUAGGCAGGUCCUUCCUCCCAGCUUUACCCACGCCGGGUGCCUCAGGCCCAUUCCACCGCACAGCCCAGGGGCGAGCGCUCGUGGUCAGGAUGCCAGAGGUGCUCGGGUCACGACUUCCUGGAGGAUCUGGCCGUACAUUGGAGGACAAAUAUUGCAAACAAAAGAGCAAAUAACAUGCUCCUAUUUUUGGAGAUCGUGCCAAAUCUUGUAAAGCUAUUCACAGCCCAUUCUAUUCCAGCAGGCUUCAUCAGUCUUACUGUAUGUUGUGGUGACAAAAUAUUUUUUUAUUUCCAUACUGUAGCUCGUGAUUACAUGAACAUGCUUUUGUGAUGAGCUUCACCUUACAUAUCAGCGAAGACGACUUUGAGAAUGACUUUAAAUUCUACCCUCGCUCCUCCAGUGAAACGUACAGGCUCCUUUGUGAAGUAAAUGGUUGUGAAGUGCUUUAAGCUAUUGUUGCAGACAGCCAUAUAAGUAUGACUUAUAUAAAUGGUAAAGCACAGGGUAAGCAACAGAGAUCUGUCUGUAGGAAGUAAACCCACCUCUGCAACAGUGUCCAUGCAGUGAGGCUUGGGGAGGUGGUAAGAAUCCAUGGAGAUCCAAGAAAAGUGCUUAUAUGCCAAACAGAGCUGGGGUCAGUUCCUAAUAGCAACUGAAAAAAUAUAUUGUAUUAUGUAUUGGAUGAAUGGUCAGUUUAAUCUUUCAACGUUCAGUGUUGAUCUUUUUCUUGUUGUUAAUGGAUUAGUUUACAAUCCUAAUGGCGUGAGAUACUAAGCCUGAGAACUUGGAAAAACCAAACAGAAAAAGGGUUAUGUUGAAACACAGAACUGAUCCCAACUCUGUAGCCAAAACACAAAAUGCAUUAACACCUGACAAAGCAACUGAAGAGCCGCUAUAUCACUGUGUAUAAAAUGCAGAAAUGAGCCCCAGCACUUACAGUGAAGAUCAGGUAUAAUACUGUAAUGCCCUCUGUGAAUGAUACAGACCCACAAUGCACUGCUGUACAGUGCCAGCCCAAAAGGUCACAUGGGUUAAGUUGCAACAUGUUUUCAAGUUUGUACUCCAUAGUACUAAGUUGGAGCAGGUCACCUUCAAGAAUGUCUGAACUUUUUAAUGUUUUUAUUUAUUUUUAAAGGACGUUGUAAAGGUUUAUUUUUGCGUACAUCUUCCAAUUGUGAGUCUUCACACGAAUGUGAAGUAAUUAAGUGACAGAAAAUUGCCAUGUUAACCGCCAUGUUCAUGGAGUGUCUGCUGUGAUUUCUUUGUAUGUAAUUCUAUCAGGAUGGGUGCAGUGCACUUUGACUGCGGUAGAGGAGGGAGAGGUGCAGUGGGAGAGUUUUUUUUGUUUCGUUAUUUUACACAAAGGCAUGUACUCUGUUGUACCCCACGGGUUGCCAGUGUUUCAUAUACAACUUGUGACUGAUGUGUUUGUCUAUUCCUGUAAAUAAGGUUUAUACUGUAUAUUGUUAAAAAGAGAGGCAUGGUGUUUUUAUUUUGAAUGUUUAAGCUGGUACAUUGUUAAACUCAAAAUGUUUUUAAUGAGGACACUGCUUUGUCACCGGGUAUUUAACUAUAAGGGAUCAAUACCCAAGCCAUGCUGUGCAGAACAUUUAAAUACUGCAGUGUUUUCCUACACUUCUAACGGGUGCUUGAUUAAAAACCCAAGGGACCAAUACACAUGGUGGCUAUAUUUCUGCUGUCUGGAAGCAAGACGGUGACAGGAAUCGCAGAGGGGAGAAACGCACAGGACACAGGCUUACUUGUUCAGCAACAGAGUAUAAUGAGAAACGGUAGCCUCCUCCUCCUACUGGUAGUAAAAGGCCACUGAGCCAAAUAGCCUGGGACCAGUGUUGUCUGUCCAUGAGUAAGGAAGAGACCACGAGUUGCAAGAUAGCUGGGGAAAGCGGGACCAAUUUUUCGAACCAGUGCAGUGUUCAGAGGCUAACUGCCAUACUUCAAAAUCUACUCUUUCCUAUGGACAUUUGAUGCAUUUAACGGUUGUUUUUUACGGGAUGUAUUUCAGCAGUUUAAUAGAUUGUCUCACUUUUGAAAACGUGUUUUCCUCCAUAAUUAUUUCCCAUUAAACGAUUGUUACUGGCUA